GGAGCGGUCAUAGUUCAGGUGGAUAUACUCGGUGCAGAACGACUCGAAUUAUGGCGUAUACCCACAGAGGCUCGACUUGUGUCAGAUCGCCUUUCUAACCUGUAUAUUUUCAAAUACGAUGAUCCUGACAAGCAUUUCUCACGGCUGUUCGUCCGCGAGUUGCUUGAAAUUCCGCUCAGAUGUGUGGACGAAGGUUUUGACGAGGUUGGAGAUGCUGUGUCGGCUCAACUUGACAAUGCAUGUGGAGCGAUCAAUGUCACUAUGAGGAAAUUUAAAAGUGACAAAUAG